GGAGUUGGCUCACCGCAAUAGUACUCAGUGCUGGCUGCGUGGCUUUAGGUUAUUACAUUGGCUCCCGCCGCCAUGGCUUCGCGUUUCUCCGGCGGAAACUGGGUAGCGAUUCCAUUGAUAAGAGCUCCGCCAAACGCAAGUCGAAGUAGCCCCUUGAGAUUGAAAAGCUCCCAGAUAUUCUUCAAGACUUUAAAAUGGUUCUGGUUGUUAGGAAUGAUCUUAAGAUGGGAAAGGGCAAAAUCGCCGCACAGUGUA